CCAUCUCCCCUUCGCUUCUUUUCCCUUCUCCAAAAACAAAAAAAUAAUAACGAGGAAAACAAGCAGAAGAGGGGAUUCAUGUUCUUGUUUUUUUCGCUGAUCAAUCAAAACAAACAAAUAUGCUGAGGUUUUUCAUCCUUUUCUCCCUUCUUUUACACUCUUGUGUUGCGGCUCCCAAGAAGCCCUCUGCUGCAGCCGCUGUUCCUGCCAAGAAAUGGCUCACCCUUAACGGACAAGAGCCAGCAGUUGUGGCCAGAGGUGGUUUCUCGGGUCUUUUCCCUGAGUCAAGCGCCUCUGCAAACGACUUGGCUAUUAGCACCAGCUCGCCUGGCCUCACAAUGUUGUGCAAUCUUCAGAUGACCAAGGACGGUGUUGGCCUUUGCUUGUCUGAUAUCACGCUUGACAAUGCAACCACCAUCUCCACGCUCUUCCCCAAAGCACAGAAGACCUACAAGGUCAAUGGUCAAGACCUCAAAGGCUGGUUUGUCCUUGACUACUCUGCCGACACCAUCUUCUCCAAUGUCUCUCUGGUCCAGAACAUAUUCUCUCGGCCUAGCAUCUUUGACGGCCAAAUGCCGGUUUCUGCCGUGGAGGACGUACUCGGAGCCAAGCCUCCCAAGUUCUGGUUGAGCGUUCAGUACGACAGCUUCUACAUGGAACACAAGCUGAGCACAGCCGAGUACCUGAGAAGUCUGGGACUCCGCGGCAUUAAUUUCAUCUCAUCUCCUGAGAUCGGUUUCUUGAAGAGCAUUGGAAUGGAUGCAGGCAGGGCCAAGACAAAGCUCAUAUUCGAGUUCAAAGACCCCGAGGCAAUUGAGCCAACCACCAACAAGAAGUACAGCGAGCUUCAGCAGAACCUUGCAGCUAUCAAGGCCUUUGCUUCAGGCAUUCUUGUCCCCAAAGACUACAUUUGGCCAAUUGACUCGGCUAAGUACAUUAAGCCUGCCUCCACCAUUGUGGCUGAUGCUCACAAAGCCGGUUUAGAAAUCUAUGCUUCUGGAUUUGCCAAUGAUAUGAUCACCAGCUUCAACUACAGUUAUGAUCCCUCCACUGAGUAUCUCCAGUUUGUGGACAAUGGCCAGUUCUCUGUUGAUGGCGUCAUCACUGAUUUCCCGCCAACAGCAUCACAAGCCAUCACUUGCUUUUCUCACCAAAAGGGCAAUCUCCCCAAAGCAGGCCAUGCGUUGGUCAUAACUCACAAUGGAGCAAGUGGAGAUUAUCCAGGCUGCACUGAUCUGGCUUAUCAAAAGGCAGUCGACGAUGGAGCAGAUGUGAUUGACUGUUCUGUCCAGAUGUCCAAAGACGGAAUCGCUUUCUGCCUGGAUUCUGCAGACCUCACAAAAAGCACCAAUGCCAUGACCACUUUCAUGUCCCGAGCCACCAGCGUUCCUGAGAUCCAGCCUACCAAUGCCAUUUUCUCUUUUGAUCUCACCUGGGCCGAGAUCCAGUCCCUGAAGCCUCAAAUCGAGAGCCCCUUCUUAACUUCUGGGGGAUUCCAGAGAAACCCAGCAAACAAGAAUGCCGGGAAGUUCAUGAGUCUCGUUGACUUCCUUGAGUUGAGCAAAGCAAAGGCUGUCACUGGAGUUCUUAUCAACGUGCAGAACGCUGCCUAUCUAGCCUCUAAGAAAGGCCUAGGUGUUGUAGACGCAGUCAAGUCCGCUCUGACCAACUCCACACUGGACAAGCAAUCAACACAGAAGGUUAUGAUUCAGUCAGAUGACAGUUCCGUCCUGGCCAGUUUCGAGGCUGUACCUCCCUUCACUAGAGUCUUGAGCAUUGACAAAGAAAUCGGAGAUGCUCCCAAGCCAUCCGUCGAAGAAAUCAAGAAGCACGCAGAUGCUGUAAAUCUUAAGAGAACUUCUCUCGUCACCGUCUCCAACAGCUUUGCCACAGGGAAAACUAACGUGGUGGAGGAAAUGCACAAAGGGAACAUCUCUGUUUACGUCUCGGUGCUAAGGAACGAGUUCGUUUCCAUAGUGUUCGACUACUUCUCAGAUCCUACGGUAGAGCUUGCCACGUUCAUUGCUGGGAAUGGCGUUGAUGGAGUCAUCACAGAGUUCCCUGCCACUGCUACCAGAUACUUAAGGAGUCCAUGCUCAGAUUUGAACAAAGACCAGCCCUAUGCAAUCUUACCUGCAGAGGCUGGCGCUCUACUCUCUGUGGCAGCCAAGGAAGCACAGCCACCGACUAGUGCCCCAAACCCGCCUCUUGAUGCUAAAGACGUGAUUGAUCCGCCUUUGCCUCCGGUUGCAAACAUGGCCACCUCCAAUGCAACUGGAGGAGCUCCACCAGCCCCUCGUUCAGGCACUGUUGCCAACGCUGCUAAUCUUGGCCUUACCUUGCUGGCUAUGCUGGCCUUGGGACUUCUCUUCACAGCCUAAGAAAGAUUGAUCACACAAUAUUGUAACAUGUUCGCCCUCAGCAUUCCACUGACACAAUGUGAGCUAACUAUGUUUUUUACUCACGUUAACCAAAAUACGCAGUACACAGGGAUUUGUUGUUAUAGA